CUUGCUCCUCUCUAUAUUCUCCUCACACUUUACACACAUAUACAUACAUAAUACACACACCCAUCUGUAUCUAUAACACAGUUUGACGCCGGUGCAAUGGCUUAUUACGGCGGUUCAAGCAACGGUCUGAUCGUCAGCUUCGGCGAGAUGCUGAUCGACUUCGUGCCGACGGUCUCCGGGGCCGUGGCCGGGCCCGGGCUCGGCGGGAACGCUGCCUUCAUCGGGAAGCUAGGCGACGACGAGUUCGGGCGCAUGCUGGCCGGUAUCCUGAAAGAGAACGGCGUCUCCACCGACGGCGUUACCUUCGACGGCGGGGCAAGAACGGCUCUGGCGUUCGUGACGCUACGCGCCGACGGGGAGCGGCAAUUCAUGUUCUACAGGAAUCCUAGCGCCGAUAUGUUGCUUGCCCCACAUGAGUUGAACUUCCACCUCAUUAGAUCAGCUAAGGUAUUCCACUAUGGAUCAAUAAGCUUGAUCGCGGAGCCAUGUCGAUCGGCACAUUUCAAAGCGAUGGAGGUGGCGAAGGACGCCGGCGCACUGCUGUCGUACGACCCAAACCUCCGGCUACCGCUUUGGCCGUCGGCGGAAGAGGCUCGAGAGCAGAUAUUGAGCAUAUGGGAGAAGGCAGAUGUGAUCAAAGUGAGCGAUGAGGAGCUGCAAUUCCUCACUCAGACCAACAUUGUUGAUGAUGAAUGUGCAAUGUCUCUGUGGCACCAUAAUUUGAAGCUUCUUUUGGUCACUCUUGGAGAUAGGGGCUGCAGAUAUUACACUAAGAACUUCAAAGGAGCAGUGGACACAUAUCAAGUAAAGACAGUGGACACAACCGGAGCAGGCGACUCCUUUGUGGGAGCCCUUCUGUGUAAAAUCGUAGAUGACCAAUUCAUAAUCCAGAAGGAAGAGAGAUUGAAGCAAGUGCUUAGAUAUGCAUGUGCAUGUGGAGCUAUCACCACCACUAAGAAGGGAGCAAUUCCGGCACUCCCCACACACUCUCAAGUCCUCACUCUUCUGGAUGGGCCUAAACGGACGAGACGCAGUUUUAGCUUCCGAAGCUGGUUUUCCUUUGUCUAGCGCGCUACAUGCAUAGCUGCUGCUGCUCCAACUAUCUACUAUAAAUUACAAUUACAAAUCAAGUGAGAUGUAAUAAUUCAUGACAUGUACAAUGUGAAUAAUGGAUGAGAGGAAGUUAAUGUUGUUGCAUUGUUAGAAUUUGUGGCUCUAUGACUUAAU